AUGGUUGGCUUGGAUAUACGACAUUAUUGUGCAACUCUGUUACAUCUAGAUUAUCGUACCCUUCGAGGAUAUUCUAAGAAUGAAAAAGGUGCAUGCCAUUGUUACGUACGAGAACAAUUACAAUUAAUUGGUAAAACAGAAAGUAGUAGUAAUAGUGAAACACAACAGAAUAAACGACAGAAACGCGAACAUUCAUUUAUUCUUGAUGAAAUUAAAGAUGAGUCAACUGCACUUGACCAGAAUGAAUUCGAUGAUGAUUAUGAUGCUGAAAGUGUUGAAUACUCAUUAUCAAUGACUCAAGCUGAUGAAUUAAGAAGAUAUUUAUCAAUGAAGAUUGACAUGAACCAUAAAUUUUUUUUUCGACGUACUUACGUUUCGAAAAUCAGAUGUUAA